GUGGCGCGUGAGUCACCGGCCCAUUGAGCGCGCGGUCCAUUGAGGCGCGCUCACUCCCGCCGCCGGCCGCAGCGCGCUCGCAUGCACCGCCCGAGCUCCGCCCACCGCUGCGACCGUCUGAGACCUACCAUGGAGUUCCCCUGCAGAUCACACUGGCUGGCCCUGGCGGCGCUGCUGGCGGCGUGCGCGGGCGCGGGCGCGGGCCCCGGCCGCCGCGCCUUCACCCCCAGCGAGUCCAUCCUGGACUUCGUGGACACGGAGCAGGUGGAGCGCGUGCUGGCGGCGCGGCGCCGCGAGCCCCCCGCGCCCCCCGCGCCGCGCCCCGCGCCCGCCUACCUGCAGCGCAACGAGCUGGGCGACGGCGCCGCCGACCCCGUCGUCAUCUCCGUGCCCGACCCUACCGAAAACUCCGAACUCCCACCCAAUUUCGACUUCCGGAAAGUGCUUAAAUCGUCCAAGAACGCUCUCGUGGUCACGAAGAAGGAGUACCUCAAGGAGGACUGGUGCAAGACCGAGCCUCUCGUGCAAAAGAUUCGGGAACCGGGAUGCAUAUCUGUGACAGUGCUAAACAAGUUUUGCUACGGGCAGUGCAACUCGUUCUACAUCCCAAAGGGGCCGCGGCGGCGGGACGCGCCGGGCGACGAGCGGCCGCCGCCCGCCUUCAAGUCCUGCUCCUUCUGCCGCCCGAAGAAGGUCUCCUGGGUGACGGUGACGCUGCGCUGCCCGGGGCAGACCCCGCCCUACAAGCGGAAGCGGCUGCAGAAGAUCAAGCAGUGCAAGUGUCUGCCGGGCGGCGUGAACUGACGGGGGGCGCGCCUCCCUCGCAGGGACCCUCGCCCGCCCCGGCCCGGCGCCGGCGCACAGACUCGGCUCGAGUGGACGCCGCACACGGCAGCUACAUAUUCAGAUCGCGUGCUCUCGGACGUCAAUGAGGCUGACGUCAUGAGAUGCAUAUAUUACUUGUCGGUACUCACUACCUAGCCGCGGCUCGCAGUGAAGCCCUGGCACAAAAAGCUUUAAUUGUUUGUGGUGUAUCUUGAUAGUGUAGUUUAUGUGCUCGAUGGAUGGCUAUUGUGACGUUUGCUGACUAACAUGUCUUUGAUUGUGUUUAAUAAAGAUGUGAUUAGAUGUGUGUGAGAACACUUCCGUCUCAUAAUACUGCUUUUAUUAGAUGUUUAGAUACAAAGUGUGAUAUUAGGCAAUAGGAAUUCUGUAAGUGACAGACUUUCUGUAAGAAAGAACGUAAGUACUUACACGUUUUAUGAAUUGAAUUAAAACGAUUACCUCCUUACAAUUUUGCAAAAAAAGGUUGAAAAAUACUUAUCGUUUACAGUGAAAUUACGCUUAUUACACUUGUUAAGUUUGUAAGAAAAACCGUCAUGAGUCCAAAGUGGUUCAUACUCGUAUCUAUCGAUCCACCUACAUAUUUAAGGAUAAUUUAUUGUACCUAUAAUGAUGAAUAUUUACGAUUACUUACAUACUUUAACUCAUUUUAUACGAAAAAUGCCAGAUGUAAAAUGUAGACGAAUUGGUUGUAAAUACAAAUAAGAUAAAAUAUA